AUGGACGACGUCGAAGACGCCCCCGGACCUACCCCUGAAGAAGUGACCAAGCGCGAACAAGAGGAAAAAGAGCGCAAGGCCAAGGAAGACGCCGAACAGGCCCAAUUACCGUACAAAUGGACCCAGACCAUCGGCGACGCAGACGUCACAAUCUCCGUGCCGGCGACGAUCAAGGGCCGAGAUCUAGAUGUCGUUCUCACCAAGACGAAGAUCAAAGUUGCCCUCAAGGGGCAACCGGCUUUUAUUGAGGGAGAUUUCCCACACCCCAUCCACGUCGAUGAUUCAACAUGGACGCUCGAGACGACGCCAACGGGCAAAGAAAUUGCAGUCCAUCUCGACAAAGUAAACCGCAUGGAGUGGUGGCCGCACAUUGUCACCACCGCGCCCAAGAUCGACGUCACCAAAAUCACACCCGAAAACUCGUCGCUCGGCGACCUGGACGGCGCCACGAGAUCCAUGGUCGAGAAGAUGAUGUAUGACCAGAGACAGAAGGAAUUGGGUAAACCGAGUAGCGAUGAGCAAAAGAAGAUGGAUUUGUUGAAGAAGUUUCAGGAUGAGCAUCCCGAAAUGGAUUUUUCAAAUGCAAAGAUGGGAUAA